GCCACGGUGACUCACAGGGACCUUACGGAGGACGACACUUGAGCUCCUGGCAUCUUUGUCACCGCUAAACUUAACCUUUUAUAUUUCCUGCGUGCGCUGAAUCAAUUAGGCUGUUCAUUAUCAUGACAUCCUUCGCGUCUUUCUCCCCCGGCGGAGAGAGAGAAGGAAAAGGAGGAGUGAGGUUUCAUCUCUCAAAAAGUUCCAGACUCCAUCCAGUGAAAUCCGUCUGAAUUUUGGGGAUCUGGGUGUAUUUUUUUUCCUAGCUGGGGACUGGAGUGUUUCCACCAAUGAGCCGAGCACCCUGAGGGGGAGAUGGAUUUGGAGGUGAAGGAUGUGAACGGGUCGAGCUGUUUAUCCCAGAAUGAGAGCGAGUGCGGACUGAGCGCGUCUUCAGCCGGAGUGUCCACAGCGCUGGCCAGCGUGCUGAUCUUCACCAUUGUGGUGGACAUCCUGGGAAAUGUCCUCGUCAUCCUGUCUGUGUUUAGGAAUAAAAAGCUCAGGAAUGCAGGCAACAUCUUCGUGGUGAGCUUGUCAGUUGCAGACCUGGUAGUGGCCUUGUACCCGUACCCUCUGGUCCUGACCGCCAUCUUCCACAAUGACUGGACCAUGGGGGACCUGCACUGCCAGGCCAGUGGUUUCAUCAUGGGCCUGAGUGUCAUCGGCUCCAUCUUCAACAUCACAGCCAUCGCCAUCAACCGCUACUGCUACAUCUGCCACAGCCUCCACUACGAUCGCCUGUACAGCUUGAGGAACACCUGCUGCUACCUGGGCCUCACCUGGCUGCUCACGGCCAUCGCUACUGUGCCAAACUUCUUCAUCGGAUCGCUGCAGUAUGAUCCACGCAUCUACUCCUGCACGUUUGCACAGACAGUCAGCUCGUACUACACCAUAUCAGUGGUCGUUAUUCAUUUCUUGAUCCCACUGACGGUGGUGUCUUACUGCUAUUUGAGGAUAUGGGUGCUGGUGAUACAAGUGAAACAUCGUGUUAAACCAGAGCAAAGGACCAAACUGAAACCAAGUGAUGUGAGAAACUUUCUAACGAUGUUUAUGGUGUUUGUGUUGUUUGCAGUAUGCUGGGCCCCGCUAAAUCUAAUAGGCUUGGCUGUAGCUAUAAACCCAGUAAAAGUAGCGCCUAACAUACCCGAGUGGCUUUUUGUCACUAGCUACUUUAUGGCGUACUUCAACAGCUGCUUAAACGCCAUUAUUUAUGGACUUCUUAACCAAAACUUUCGUAAAGAAUACAAGACAAUUCUUCUUGCUCUUUGCAUCCCACGUUUGCUCCUAAUUGAGACUUCCAGGUGUGCCACAGAGGGACUGAAGAGCAAGCCCUCACCAGCUGUGACAAACAAUAAUGUAGCAGAGCUUAAUGUAUAAAUUAAUGGGGAACUAUGAUGAAGUUCUCUUGAGCCUCAUUGUUGAUGUUAUGUGACAUGUCGUCCAUCCAGUGCCUUUUCACAUAUGUACCAUUGUCCAGUUAUAAAGAUGUAAACAUAACAACACUGAGGCGGCCAUAUUCCUCUCCUCCCUGUUGCAUCAGGUAGAGAGAAAAAAAAUGGGUGAUAUUACAGGUAAGAAAACAGAUCAAACCCUUUGAAUUUGAGAUGGUCUUUGGUCCCAGCACCAUGUCUUUUAUGCUUCACUCAGCAAGACAGGAGACAGCCGUACAGGUGUCUUCUCUCACAGUCUUUACAGAAUAUUUACAAGGUGGUGGAGACAAAACUUUUGGUUAUUUGUGAACCCUAUAUGAUACCUGUAAGAUAAUAUGCCUCAAAAUACUAUACACAUGCUAACCACAGCUUCAGGGUAGUUUCACAUCACCUCCACAUAUUCUGUGUCCACCGCAUUGCAGUCGGGGCAAACCACGGCAUGUAUGAUUGCCUAAUCUGACAUCAAACGAACACAAUGUAAAGCCUGAGCUCAGUUUAAGACCUGCAUUCAUGCAACCAAUGGAGGUGCUUUCUGCUGGCCAUUUAAAGAAUAUCAGUUUAUCACACUUGACUUUAUUUCAGGUUUUUAAGUAAAGUCUGCUAUCAAUAGUGACCAGAUGGAUGACACACUCAACUACAUCAUGUGCUGGGGAAUGCAAGACAGUCUGGCUGCAGACAGUUCAUCUCUGACAGCCACUCUCACAGACCGAUCAUCUGGGAUGCCGUAGAUCUCAGAAUGGAAAUACAUGAUAAAAACUUUAGAAAUAAUAUCAGAUUAAGCUUCCAUUUAGGGUUAGGGUCAAGGUUAAGGUAACGGUUAGGUUAAGGUUAAAGUCAUAAGGUUAAAACCUGAUUACAAAAUGUUUAAUAAAGCUGAGUAAGAUGAGCAGAGCACUAAAUGUGGGAUAAAAUGCAAUGAUUAUCUACCCAAAUUAAAUAAAGUAUAUGAUGAGAAUUGUGUUAAAUGAAUUGUGUUCAAAAAAGCUUUUCUGGCAGGUGUUUCAACUAGCCUUAAUGAAGUUAUAAUGCACCCUGCCUAAGGAGUUAGUUGUAACAUUUCACUCUAGUCACUUUCAGCGCAAUUUUCCAAAAGAGGUUAAACAAAAACAAAAUUCCAUUGCUAAUGUGUAGCAAAGAUGUGUAUGUUGUUCAUGUAACAAUAUGAUUAAUGUAAUUGAAAUACUUUUAAAUUACUGAGUCAAAUCCAAAAAGUGUAAGAUUGUUUCUCGCUCUCCCUUCAACAGUCGGCUUACAGGAAAAAAGCUCAUCCUACAUGAAAACAUUCUAACACAGCAAACACAGCUCCAUUAGCUGCGUAAGCUACAUAAAUAACAGAGCUAAUAUAGCAAUCAUAGCUACAUAGCUCAAGCUAAGAUCACAAUGCAGCUGUGUAAGCUAUUAAUCUUCAUUAUCUACAUAGCUAAGUUGGCUUUAGCUACAUUUGCUGAAGCUUACAU